AUGGUUCGAAAGAUGAAUCCAGGUACGAUCACGCAUUUGGAGGUGGAUGAAGAUUCUAAAUUCAAAUAUGUUUUCCUAGCAUAUGGAGCAUGCAUCAAAGGAUUUCGUUGCAUGAGAAAGGUUAUUGCAGUGGAUGGGACUUGGUUGAAGACCAAGUACAAAGGUGUAAUGCUCAUUGCAACAGCACAAGAUGGUAAUUUUCAUCAAUAUCCUAUUGCUUGGGCUGUGGUUGAUUCAGAGUAUGAUGCUUCAUGGUCAUGGUUCCUUACAAAGUUACAAGAACUUAUACCAGAUGAUAGUGAUUUAGUCUUUAUUUCAGAUAGAAAUCAAAGCAUCAUCAAUGGGGUGUCAAAUAUUAAUAUUAAAGCAUGUGUCAGAGUUAAAGGUGUCAUAAAAUUAUUCGAAGAAACUGCCAAUGCCUAUAAAGUUUCCGACUUCAACAAACUCUAUGAUGAAUUGAAGAAUAAAUAUCCCGUAGCAGUGAAGUAUCUUGAAGAAUCAAAUCUCACACUUAGUAAAUGGGCGAGAUCUCACUUUACAGGCUGUCGGUACAAUAUUAUGACUACGAAUGGUGCAGAAUCUAUUAAUGCAGCACUGAGGGAACCUAGAGAGUACCCUAUCAUUGCGUUGUUGGAGGCUAUGCAGGCAAAAGUCUCUGAGUGGUUCAACAAUCGCUGCAAUAUUGUGGCAUCUAUCAAUACAAAGUGUACACCUUUAACUCCAAAGGCAGAGAAUAUUAUUCGAAAAAGAUUCAAGAAAGCAUCGGAAAUGAAUGUGAAACAACUUAACCGAUUUGAGUAUGAGGUUACAGGUAAAGAAAAUGAUGCCAUAAUUGAUUUAGGUCAAAGACAAUGCUCAUGUCGUGUCUUUGACCUUGAUCAACUUCCAUGUGUGCAUGCAUUAGCAUCAUAUGAGCAAGCUGGAAUAGAAGUGUAUGAUUUGUGCUCUAAUUAUUAUAAGUUGGAAACUUGGGCGUUGGCUUAUGUUGAUACCAUUUAUCCAGUUCCUCAACAAGAAGAUUGGGAUAUCAAUGAAGUUGAAGUAUUGCCGAAGGUAUUGCCUCCAAAUGUCCCAAUCAAGCGUGGUAGAGCAAAAUUGAAAAGAAUCCCAUCAGUUGGUGAGGGAAAAAAAUGGAUAAAAAGGUGUGGUUUAUGCGGGCAGCCUGGUCACUCCAAAAAAAUAUGCCCCUUACGAGCCACAACCUCUAAAUUGUAA